AUGUCCUUCACCAUUAACGACUUGAGGGAAGCGUGCAGCAAAUAUUUCCAGUUGGUAAUCCUUGAGAGUUUGAACCCUACAGCCACCCUCGAUGCGCACGAGUUGCGAUUUUCCAUCCGGCCACAAGUUUCUUACCCGAGAACUUUCCAACGUCAGGUCGACCAUGUGGAGACAGUUGCAACGACGCACAUUCCAGUUAAACGUCCGGGCCCGGAAGGUGUUGCGGUGGGUGACUUUGACGGAGAUGGCCAUCUCGAUAUUGUGGUUGCGAAUGGGGUCGACGAUACGGUGAGCGUCUUGCUCGGAACUGGAUCAGGGAAUUUCCAGGCGCAGGCCACGUUCCCUGUGGGGUCAUUUGCGCACGGCGUUGCACUGGGCGACUUCGACGAAGACGGCCACCUCGAUAUU